CACCUUGCUACCAAAUCAUUUCAUAGCCAUCGCCAUGCCCGACAUUGACUUUAACGCUAUAGCGGCUGCUGCCAAUUUCGACAAUUUCCGCCAGGCUCCGAUUUUGGACACUCUUGCCAAUGAUGCCCUCCUUUCUCCCAACUCCAAAUUAGAACAAGCCCUCGCCAACUCAACCGCCAAGGGCCUUCCUCCCAUCAGCGUCACCCCAAUGUCUGGCCAGCAUCUAACUAUCCUUACUCAACUCAUGGGCGCCAAGUCGGUGCUAGAAAUCGGCACACUUGGUGGAUACUCAGCUAUAUGCUUUGCACAAGGCGGCGCCAAAGUGACAAGCAUUGAGAUCGAUCCUAAGCACCGCGACGUCGCACUUGAAAACGUCGCAGGACUUGACGUGGACGUUAUACUCGGAGCUGCGCUUGACAUCCUACCCAAGCUGGCAGAGGAGAAACGACAAUUUGAUUUGGUCUUUAUUGAUGCUGAAUUUGAGGAUCAUAUUGAGCAUUUCGACUGGGCUGUUAAAUUGACCCGGCCUGGAGGAUGUGUCUUUUUCGACGACGUGGUGCCGGCGAUGUUCAAGAAUGGCGAGGUGAAGCCUGGAGCGGAUUCUAUCUUGACGCAUAUUGGAAAGGAUCAUAGAGUCAAAGCUGCACUGAUGCCCAAUGUGGCGUGUCACCCCAUGUUACCCACGCCUAUCUUCAAUGGUUUCGUAUUGGCUCUAGUUAAAGGGCAGUAA